CCUUAAAGACCGGUCAGAUCAGUCAUUGUUUCAUUGGUGAGAGAGUGAAUAUGGGGAGCAAACUGUCCACCAAACGCAAGAGGAGACAUCAGAGUGAGUCUGAAGGGCGCAGAGUGUCGGCUCAUGGAGAGGGCUUCAAAGGACUGAGGGGCAGAUUCGUGGAUGAAGAAGAUGAGUGCAGCUCUGAGGAAGAAAGCAGCAGCUCGAGAACCGUACAGGAGAAAUGUUACGAUCCUCUAGACCCCACGUUUACAUUUGUAGACGAAGAGGAUGAUUUAGAUUUUCUGUGUAAUGAGUACCCGGGUCCCCAAGCAAAGAUGUCCUGUGGUCAUGCUGUCACUCCUAUGUCUCUCACCGACUGGUGUCGCUGGUUGUUGGACCAGGGUGAGUGCAGAUUUGUGUGUGGACAGACUGACUGUAAUGUUGAGUGGCCCUUUGAGGAGGUUUGUAAAAUGGCUCUUCUAAGCCCUGAAGAACUGGAGUACUUUGAGAAGAAAAUAUUCAAUAAUGCUGCCAAGGAUUACUUGGACGUCAAAGAAUGUCCUGGUUGCAAGUCUCGUGUGGUGAGAACUGAUCUCAGUGAUCUGAGUGUCAAAUGCUCAGUGUGCACAGCUAACAGGAGAAGGUCUUAUAUAUUCUGCUGGCAGUGUUUGAAGAAAUGGAAAGGUCCGGCUCCACGUUCAGACCGCUGUGGAAACGAUGACUGUCAAAACCCACUGGAAAUACUGAAGACCUGUCCUGAUAUUGUCUUUGAAGAUGUGAAGGGUGUCACUGGCUGUCCCUCCAUCCGUGCCUGUCCCACCUGUGGUUUGCUGCUGGUGCAUAACAAGACUCAAUGUAAAAACAUUGUCUGUUGCCGGUGUAAGGUGGAGUUCUGUUUUGUGUGCCUGAAGCUUACUGAAAUGUGCCUGAGGCUCAGUGCAGAGUGUGAGGAGCUCAUUGAUGAGAGUGAUGAGGAAGAGGCAUCCUUACAUUUCAGACCUUGCUUUACUGGUGUAGCACCUAGACAGACCUCGAUACCUGUGUGGCAGAGGACAUAAUUCUGUUGAUUUAUAACUGUGAAAUACAAAUACUAAUCAUUAAUCACAACUGUUAUCAGACAGGAACUCAGCCCCACACCAGCUUUCAAUAACAGUUAAAAGCAUAUGAGAUCUUUUUUGUAUUUCAGACAAUGUUAAUGAGAAUCAUUUAGAAUCACAGUUUUUACUUCAAACUCAAAAUUGUAAUAUGUAUUUAUUGUAAUGUUUGAAACUGUUUAUACUGUUUUUGUAAGAAUCGUUUUGCUGGAUUUUACUUUAAAUUCUUUAAUAUUAUCUUAUUGUUGCAGCAUGAAGUCAUUUGGAUCUUUAAUAUCUUUAUUCAGUCUUUAUUUUCA